AUUUCACGUACACAGAUGAUUGAGAUUUUACGAGAUUUUGUCAGGAUGACACACGGGCACAUCCGCCAUAGAAAAUACUCAACUACGAAUUUGAGAUGACAGUGACGUCACAGUGUUUGCCUGGCCUCAGCCAAUCAGAAAAGUGCUGGAAAGCCAUCGUCUUCCCUGGUAAACAUCUAUCAGCUGAUUGUUGUUUCUCGGCUCAACAUGGAUGUGCAAACUAUGGAAGAGGUGCAAAAAAAGCCAGCGCCUCAAGACUGCAGAGCUGUCUGAGGGGAAAAAUUUUUUGGGCUAAAAACUCUAAACGGGAAGGUGUAACUUUUACAAUGCAUGAGAACAUAACAACAAAUGGUGUGUUUCGAGGCAUAGACAAAGAUGUUUUGAGCGUUCAAGUACAGAAUCUCAAGACACCAGCAAUAAUAUAUCCCUGGGCAAUGGUGAGGGUGCCUGAUGUUUUAAUCGAUUCAAGUUUUAAUUUAAUUGCAAACUGUGUGAAUCUUUGUGCAAAUUAA